AUGGCCGCGAGCGCCGUCGACGACGCGUGGUUCGCCGUCAAGGCGGUCGAGACGACGCAUCCCGUGCGUCGCGUCGUCGCGCUGCGAUGCCAGAACGAAAACGGCCCGUGUCCGCUGCUCGCGGUGGUGAACGCGCUGGAAUUCAAGUCUGAGCUCGGUCGAGCCGGCGACGAAAACGACGCGAGCGACGCGACGCGCGCCUCGACGCCGGCGUCGCUGCGCGAGACGAUGUCGCGAGUGAUGGAACACAUGCUCGUGCGCGCGGAGGCGAUGGCGAAGCGCGAAGACGUGGAUGAGGAGACGGUGCGGAUGACGCUGGACGACGCGACGGCGACGCUGGAGAGAAGCGCGAAGGGCGUCGACGUGAACGUGCGCUUCGACGCGUGCGAGAGCUUUGAGUACACGAAAGAGAUGACGAUGUUUGAUCUGUGUGGGUUGAGGUUGGUGCACGGCUGGGUGGUGGGCGAGGUCGAACACGGCGCGGAGACGGCGCGGUUGUGCUCGAGCGUCGGUUACAACGGUUUGGUGGAGCGCCUGAUUGAUUUACGGACGACGGCGAGCGGUGAGGGGACGAGGGAAGGGCGAGAGGAAGGAAACGGUGAAACGCGAACGCUCGAGGCGUCGGUGAGCGGUGCGAGCGCGGGCGAGGCGCGGGAGGGGGAAACGUCGGGCGAACGCGAGGAGCGAGAACUGUUGGAGCGCGCGAUGAGGCUUUCGAUGGAGGAUUCGCGAGACGCCAAGCUCGCGAGAGCGAUGCACGAGGCGGAUUUGAUCGAAACGUUUCUCAACGAUACCGCGAGUCAACUCACGCUCACGGGAUUGGCGCAGAUACGGGAGCGGAUUCAAGAGCGCGAGUACGCGGUGCUGUUCCGAAACAAUCACUUCUCCGUAAUAACCAAGGUGGACGGCGAGCUCUACGCCCUGGUCACCGACAGCGGGUACCAGGAUGAACCGGACGUCGUGUGGGAGGUGCUCGGCGGCGCGCGCGAUGGAACGUUCGCGAAUUCAGAAUUCAGACCGUUCGAGCCGCGCGCGGAGGGCGCCGGAGCAGCGUCGCCGACGACGCAAACGGCGUCGGCGCUUCCCGACACUUUUCUCCGCGCCGCGCCGUCGACGACGGAGCCCGCGUCGUCGCCGACGAGCGAUGAAAAGUCCGAUUACGCCGUCGCCCUCGAACUCCAAGCGCAAUUUGAAGAGGAGGAGCGCCUCGCGCUUCGCGCGGCGGAGCGACGCGUCGCCGAACGCCGCGCCGAGGCGCGAGCCGCGCAAUCCCAACCGGCACCACCCGCGUCCUCGCGUCCGACGACUCGCGGCGCGCGCAAACCCAAACCUAAAAAAUCAUCUUCCUCCGUCGCCGACUCGUGCGCCAUCAUGUGA